AUGGCGAAAGAAGAAACAUCGCAACAUUUCAACAAACGGUCUGUCAGUUUCAAGAAGAUCCUCGUGUUUUUCAUUUGGCUCACAACAGGCUCUAAGUACAAAACCGCAUCAGCAAGCAGAGCAUUAACAGUUCAGACUGGAGGAUCUAUUGUUAUUCCCUGUUAUUAUGACAGAAAAUACACAGAAUACAAGAAAUACUGGUGCUUUAAUGCCAAGAGAUAUUUCAGUUCCUGCUCUAUUCUGGCAUAUGCUAAUGAAACCAAAGGAAAAGCGUCAGUGAUUGAUCAUCCAGAUCAGAGUUUCUUUACUGUGACUAUGAGGAACCUGCAGGAAAAAGACACUAGAGCUUACUGGUGUGCUGUAGAGAUUGGAGGAUUCUUUCAACCGGAUGAGAACGAGCAGUUUUAUCUCACAGUUCAAUCAGCUCCUGAUGUGUCUGUGUUGAGCAGCAGUGUAUCUGGACAUGAAGGUGGUAAUGUCAGUGUUCAGUGUUUCUACAGUUCUGGAUAUCAGAAUGAACUCAAACAGUGGUGCAGAUAUAAAGAUCAGAUCUGUUACGCAAUGGAGAGAUCUGACACAUCCCAGAAUUCAUCAGUGCAGAUCAGUGAUGGUGAAAGCUUCUUCUCUGUGCUGAUGACUGGACUGAGACUCUCUGAUUCUGGAUGGUAUUCCUGUUGUGUAGGAGAAAAAGAGGCUUUAGUUCAGCUCACAGUCACUGGAGCCUCUUCAGAAAAUCAAGUCCUUGAUUUCACGCUCUCUGAAGCAAAAACAGCAGAAGUCACCUCAGAAAGUCACCUCAGAAAAAAUGGGCAUUAUGGGUAUCUGGAGGUGUGGGUUCCAGCAUUUCUGCUGCUGCUGCUGCUGAUUGCACUCGUCAUGUCAACAGUUAUAUGGAGAAUGAAGCACGCAGACCGAAAUGUCACACUCAGUGUAGGUGCAAACCGAGACGAAGCCUGUGAGACAGAAAAUGUUAAUCAGUGUUCAGAAACUGCAGAGAAUGAUUUGACCUACAGCUCUGUCACAGUUCUGCCUAAAACUGAAGCGAGAAAUGAUGUGACCUACAGCUCUGUCACAGUUAAGCCCAAAAAGAAAUUCAGUCCAGUAGAAGAGGAUCAGGUGAUCUACAGCUCUGUGCACAAAUAGAUGAGACGUUACAGGUGCUUUUUCUGCACUGAAUACCUUAGGGAAAAAGUUGGACAGCACUGAAGUUGAACAAAUAUAAUAGUUUUGAUUGCCACAAACAAUCUUGAAUGAAAUUCAAAUCAACAAAUUAAGUUCAUAAUUCUUUUUCUAUAUUUUGCAUUAUAGUGUCCUUAGAAGUGUACAAAGGAAGCAGUUUACUCUGUAACUAAACUUCCAUUUUAACAUUUGACUGGAAAAAAGUGUGUGAAUUGUUGACUGCAAAAUGCAUAAAGCAGUUGUAAUGUGCUUGCAUUGAUGUGUAACAAUACAUUUUGAAAACCUCUUGCAAAAAUAUAUUGUAUUUUUGGGUCUUAAAUGUUUGCAAAUGUUUGAUUCAUUCAUUUUCCUUCAGCUUAGUCCCUUAUUUAUCAGAGGUCCCCACAGCGGAAUGAACCACCAACUAUUCUGGCAUAUGUUUUAUGCAGCGGAUGCCUCUCCAGCC